CAAACAAAAUGAUCUCUCAAAUCUGAAAGUCAAGUGUUUCUCCUCCCUCCCUGUCCCUGCGCUGCUCUCGUUCUCUCCUUCUACAGCCAGUCUUUCUUUAUACCUCCCGUCGCUUCCGCAGCAGUCGUGCUCUUCAAGUGUACAAGAGCCAGGGGAAGAUAAAACUGUUUCUUGUUUAUUUUGAAAUACACCAGUUCUGUAGGAGAACAUAUAUUUAUGAAGUUUACUGCUUAGUGAUGGCAAAAGGUCUGAUAUGGGCAACAGCUGAAGACUUGGCUAGGAAUAGAGGACGUGUUCUCUCUCUUUAUCGACAAAUAUUGCGCAGUCUGAAUUCUCCAAGUUUGCCUCUUAAUUUAGCUGCGAGGUUGGCUAAGAAGGCUGAAGUUCGUGCCAUCUUCAUGUUGGCAUCCGAGGAGAGAUCUCUGCACAAUAUUGAUGACCUUAUUGACACUGCUGAAUAUUCUCUCUCCAUCUUGAGAAAAGGUGAAAUCCCUAAAUACAUUCAAUGAUUAUGAACCGGCAAAUGUAGCCCAUCAGGAAAAAAAAAAAAAAUCUGCAACUUUUGAGGGAAGUGUUCUUAACUUGUAUGAAUAAGGAUUUUCCUUUAUUUUCAAUUUUACUGUGUUUUGGAAUAUGCGAUAAUACAUCAAAAAUCAUCUUGAAAGCUUC